ACACACCACCCACCAUCACCCAGUCGCCAUCUACUACUACCACCGCCGCAGCCCCUCUCACCCUUCCUCACAUCGUUCUCCUCGUCCAAGACACUCAAGCAUGACUCGUACUGCACGCGCUGCCUACCCCUCCGCGGUCAACAAGGACCGCUCGGAGGCGAAGAACGGCAUGGACAAGCACAUCCCCAAGGGCGGCGCCGGCCCGCACAACUGGGGCCGCCUGGAGGACGAGUACGAGCUCGAGAGCGCCGCGCUCGACGACGAGCAGGCCGACUUCGAGGACACCACUGGCCAGGUCUCGGUGAACAGCGACGCGGAGCGCCCCCCGACUGAACGGCGGGGCAGCUCGUUCACCCCCGAGGAGAUCCAGCAGGGCAUUGAGAUCCGCAAGAAGGCGCUCAAGUCACCGGACGUCGACCUCGGCUCGAUCGCGCGCACCGCGCCCGCCAUCUCCACCUCGCCCUCGCAGUCGACCCCCAUCGUGACCGACGCUGAUAAUCGAACGUCGAACGUGUAG